UCUCGAGACCGCGCUCUACCCGCUGUUGCAGAUCCCCAUGGCAUCCCCCCAAACGCUGCUCCUCUGCCUGCUGGUCCUGGCAGUGACGGAAGGUUGGGGUCUCCAGGCACCCAUCCCAGGCUGCCACCUGCACCCCUUCAAUGUGACAGUGCGAAGUGACCGCCAAGGCACCUGCCAGGGCUCCCAUGUGGCACAGGCCUGUGUGGGCCACUGUGAGUCUAGCGCCUUCCCUUCCCGGUACUCCGUGCUGGUGGCCAGUGGCUAUCGACAUAACGUGACCUCCGUCUCUCAGUGCUGCACCAUCAGUGGCCUGAGGAAGGUGAAGGUGCAGCUGCAGUGUGGGGGGGACCGGAGGGAGGAGCUGGAGAUCUUCACGGCCAGGACCUGCCAGUGUGACAUGUGUCGCCUCUCGCGCUACUAGCCCUUCUUCCUUCUCCUUGGUCAGAGGGUCUGAGCUGGAGUAUAUCCUCUAUAUCCUGAGCCUCCUUGAGGACAACAGGUUCAGCCAGCUCUCUUAAGAUUCUGUGAUUGUCACCUCGAGAGAAGAGGACAAUUUCGGCCCCUCCCCUGCCUCGGCCUGGCCUCCUAACCAGUCUGUCAUCAUUUCACUCGGUUCUUUGUCCCUACCCCUAAAUAAAGCAAGCAGUUCUCAA